GAUGGAAAUGCAGGAAUCAUCUAUCAAUCAUAGUCCUUUUUCCGAAGUUGGAUACUAUUGGGCAAAACCGAUGCCGAAGGAGGAUUGCGCCUCGUCGGGUAUUGCUUCGAGUACAACUACUUAUACGGAAGUUGAUGUUGCCUCUGAAGCUGAUAGUGUGGUAAGGGAAUACAAGAGAGUGGAGGAACAAUAUAACAAUCGCGAAAUUAAAUUAGAUCAAUAUAGUGAAAUGGCGGCUAGAGCAAUCAUUAGAAAUCAUCUUGAAGAAUUGCAACACAUUUAUCGAAAACAAAGAGUUUGUUUCGUCGAUACAAACUUACACACUGCUCUUCACCUAGCAGCUAUGAGAGGCAGUCUCAAGUGUUUAAAAUGGUUGCUUAAGACUUCUCACAUACCGGUUCGAUUGAGAAAUAUUCGUCAUGAGACAUGCGCCCAUUUAGCCGCUAAAUAUCAACAUUUAAAGUGCCUAAAGUUAAUUGUCUAUUCAGGACCUUUGAAAGCUUUGACAAUUGCAUGCGAAAAAGAUCAGAAUGGUCUAACCAUUCUUCACGUUGCUUCCAAGUAUGGCCACGACGAGAUCGUCUCUUGGCUUGUCGAUGCUUUUGGAACAACUCUUAGCUUGGUAAAGAAUAAAACAGGUCAAAUAGGUCUUCAUUACGCUGCUGCUAGAGGAUUUUAUAACUGCUUAGUUCCUUUAUGCAAAGUUGGAAAGAUAUGCGUAAACGUCCGAGAUAAUUCUGGAGCAACGCCCACCUUUUAUUGCGCUCAAGAGAGGAGACUUUAUUGCCUUCAGUACUUGGUGAAUGUUGCUCAUUCAGAUAUCAGGAUAGGAACAAAUUCAGGUGCAACGCCUCUCAUGGUCGCUGUUCAAAUGGGUCAUAAAGAAAUUGUCGAAUUCUUAUUAAGCAAACUAAACCCCAGCGACCUCCAACAUCAAUCUUCAGAUGGGACGACUGUAUUUCAUUUGGCUGCCGCUAAUGGCCAUAUAGACGUUUUGGAUAUAUUACUUAACAGGGAAGGUUGGCACGAAGCAUUAAGAUUAAGAGACGAAAGGGGAGGAAGUGCAGCCCACGAUGCUGCUGCACAAGGACACGUAGCUUGUUUACAAACUCUCAUCAAUGCCGGCUUAGAUAUUCACCUAAGAGAUUGUGAUGGCCAAACUCCCUAUGAUCUGGCAUUACAAUGUUCAAAUGAAGAAUGCGCUAAAUAUGCUAAAUCCCUAACAGGAGGUGAAGUUAUUGACGUCACCUCUCUUAUAAUGUCGGUAAAAAGUAUUAUUGCUGAUGAAACCCACGACAUAAAUAAUAUGAAGAGAUCGUCCUCUGUUGAACCAAAAAGCAAAGGAAAGGGCCUUAUGAAGCUUUUUGAAAGGAAAUCUUCUCAGGGUCAUAAGAGAAAAUCAUCGGGAAAAUUUGAUGCCAACGAUAAACGGGAAGUGAAUCUGGUUCAAGCUCAGAGUGGAGAUAUUAGUAUUAGGGAGCAAAGAGUCGUAUCAACAGCUCACAGCAGAUUAUUUACAGAUAAAUCCCGUAAAUUCACUCUACCUUACCUACCGAAAGAGGGAAGCGAACAAAAUUUUACACACCGGAAUAGUGAAGAUUCCUAUGAUGAAUCUGAAGAGAAUAUUGAUCUUACACAAUUUGACAUAGGUGAGUCUGGUGAUUUAAACCCUUCUGGUGUUGUGACCGCUUUAAGGCAAAAAUUCGAGUGCAUGUCUGCCGCUACUUCCGCGUCAAAUUCGACUAAUAAUAUUUACAGCGAAGUAUAUUCAUCGCCCAUACCUAAGAGGAAAAAGUCUAAGGCUCCUCUUCCUCCUAAUCAAACUUCUGCGAAAAAGGUAACACAUUAUGAAAAAAGGACUCAAAACACUCCUUCUGAUAACCUACCCCCUACUACAAUUCACGAAAAUACAAACGGUAAUGAUAUGCCAAUAUAUGAGGAUGAAAUUACCAAUAGAAAUCCAAUUUAUGCUACGGAAUUACCAAUUGAAACAAAAGUUGAGAAUUUUUUGAAAUCUCAAGAGCAGUAUUGUAACAAUACAGAAAAUCCAAAGGACAAGAGUUCAGCAACAAAAUAUGAUUCCCAAAAUGACUUUGAAGAGGACAGCGGAGCCCAAAUUUACGAAGAAGCUUAUCUAGAAGAGAUAAAGUCGAAUAAUCAGGAACAUUUAAAGAAAGAGGAGCCUGUUGAAGAGAAUAUAUAUGGUACAAUAGAUGAUGAUAAUGAUGAUGAUAAUGGUGAUCAAUUGUACGCAACAACUAUCCAUUCAGAAUUGACUAGAUCAGAGAGCUGUGAAUCAAUUCAUCCUCCACCGGACUAUGUGGCUCCUAUUCCACCUCCGCCACCCCUACCAGAUGCACUGCUUAUAUCUAACAUUCCUAGAGCACCUACUCCUCCACCUCUACCGUCGGCUACUAAAUCGAACAAAGGGAAACUAAUAUCUAAUCCCUUCAAAAAAUCAGUAGAUUCUCAACCUCCAAGCAGCGGUAGUAAUAGAUUAAUACAACGUCGUCGAUCAUCAAGAGUUGACGAAAUAACGCAACAUAUUCAGCAAUCGACUAUGCUGGCUCCGUACGUAGAACAGUUUAAUAGAGCAAGGGAUCGCCGACCAAGUAUAUCCAUCCAGGAUCAGGUACAUUUAUUUAAUAAAGAAAGAAACGAAAAAGCUCCUUUAAAACGACGACUAUCGAGAGCCGAAAAGAAUAUAUUUUCGUCAGACUUAUUAGGAGAACUUGUCAAAAGAGCUCAAGAAAGAGCCCAAAGAGUUGUCACAAAAGAGCAGAACAAACCAAAACCAAACUAUACUAUCAAAGGUAGAGGCUCUGAUGCAGAUUAUUCAGAUUCAAAUGAUGAGGAUGAUGACAACAAUGACAACGAUAAUGAAUACAAUUCUAAUAGUAAUAAUAGUGUAGUCGGAAUAGGACAAAUUUCAUUGCAAGAAAUAACCGAGGAAAAUACUGAAUCAUCUGUUGGCCCCGUUAACCAAAAGUUUGAAGAGAAAAGACACGCGUUGAGUCAAUCACUUAAAGAGAGACAGAAAAGACCCACAGAAUGGCCAAUGCCUCCUAUCACAGGACAAAGAAAGUAUAAAGCGGAUCCACCGUCAGAAUUGGAAAUGUAUUUUAAGCAGAAGAGACAAGAAAAUAAAGAGAGAACCUUAAAAAAGCAAUCAGAAUUAAUGGAUGAAAGUUUAAUGGAUGAAAACCAGCAGGAUAUUAUAGUAACAAAGAUGUAA